GUGGCCCCGCCCCCACCCCGUGGGUUCCGGGAAGAUGGCGGAACUGGACAUCGGGCAGCACUGCCAGGUGCCGCAUUGCCGGCAGCGAGAUUUUCUUCCAUUUGUAUGUGAUGGUUGUUCAGGAAUAUUUUGCCUUGAACACAGAAGCAAGGACUGUCAUGAUUGUCCUGAGGUGACUGUACUCAAUGAGAGAGUGAAGACAGAUACACACAAAUCUUAUUCAUGUUCAUUCAAGGACUGUGCUGAAAAAGAGCUUGUGGCAGUCAUAUGUCCUUACUGUGAGAGGAAUUUUUGCCUAAGACACCGUCAUCAGUCCGAUCAUGAGUGUGAAAAACUGGAGAUACCAACACCUCGGAUGGCUGCCACACAGAAACUUGUCAAAGACAUUAUUGACUCCAAGGCAGGAGGGCCAACAAGUAAACAACGAAAAGGUGCCAAGAAGAGUGCAACUGCCGCAAAGGUUGCCCUGAUGAAGCUGAAGAUGCACGCUGACGGGGAUGAAUCUUUGCCACAGACAGAAAGAAUUUACUUUCAGGUUUACUUACCAAAAGGGAGCAAAGAGAAGAGCAAAGCCAUGUUCUUUUGCCACCAAUGGAGCAUUGGAAAAGUCAUAGACUUUGCAGCUUCUCUGGCCAAUAUCAGAAAUGACAAUAACAAGUUAACAGCUAAGAAGUUACGGUUAUGUCACGUCACUUCAGGAGAGACCUUACCUUUGGAUCAGACUUUGCAGACGUGGAUCACCAAGAAGGACUGUCCUCUGUAUAAUGGUGGAGAUGUCAUUUUAGAAUAUCUUCAUGAUGAAGAGCAGUUGUUAAAAGAUGCUGAUUCUUAUUUGGAGUAGUCAUCCAAGGAUUCAAACCAGAAAUCAUAAGGAAAAUUCUAUUACAUGUUGUCAUCUUCUUUUACUACAAAUGCUAUUUUGUUUUAAAAAGUUGCUUUUAAAAGUAUCUGUUAUUUCAUGACUUACAUUAUCAUUUUAUUAUGAGUUUUUGUAUUUUAGAAUUUAACCAUGUAUUGAUAAUUACUAUCAAAUUACUGUUUUAAUUAGCCUUUAUUAGGUUCUGCCUUAGAAACAUCAACAAAGGUACAAUUCCUGUUUGGUUAAUGUUGGUGCUUGCUGUUUAUGGCACUGCUCUGUUCUGUCCUCAUCCAAGAUCCCAGCUAAAGGAACACUCCACCCCUCCCUAUAGUGAUUUUGUCAUUCUUUGGUAGAGAGAUGCAGACAGCCAUGCCAUCCUCAUCCAGGAUUCCAGCUAAAGGAACACCCUGCUCUUCCUCAUAGUGAUUCUGCCAUUUUUGUGGCAGAGAGAAGCAGAUAGCAGAUGCUUCACUGGGCUCUUAGAAGUUGUACUUAUCACUUGUAUUCUAAGCAUGUCCUGUGGUCAAGACUAAUAUCAGUGGGCCAGAAUAGAUAGACUUACUAUCUGCCUACAUCAUGAUGUAUGAAUUGUUACAUAUAUGAACUAUAGAAACUUAGAGACCAACUCAUUCAGCCUUCAUGUAUUUGAAUGAGAUUUCUCAAACCAAGGGAAAAUUGUUUUUUGGUAUCAUGUGAUUGCAUUAGAUCCUGUUUUGGGUAGAUUCCUUCCAGUACAGUUCAGUUUUCUUUGCUUGAAAAAAAUAUACUACAAAUGAGAAGAAAGUUGGGAGAGCCUGACUUCAUUGUAGUCCCUGUGCCAAAACUAAAUACUUGUCAAAACUUACUCAGUUUUCCUACAAAUUAACUCAACUAUCCUGGUGAAUUCUUUCUAUAACUGAAGAAAGAAUAAAAAUUAUUUACUUUUUUGCCCCUUUUCUGUGCCAACUAUGGAUGUGUACAGUGGCUUUAGGCUUAAAGGAAUAAAAGAAUGUUCAUUGGGUCUGUUUCAAUCUUAA